UUCCUCAACUAGUUUUGCAGAGUGCGCUUCUUCAGGAGGCGUUGUCUAAGAAACAAAUAGUACAGUAAGAUACGGGAUAAAUGCAGUAUAAUACAAUCAAUGCAGAACAUAAUAACACAGCACAUAAUAUAAUAUAAUAAAGAGAUCCGCUCACCCAAAUGGUCGAGACAACAUAUAACCUCAAUGAUAUGGAAGAAAUCAAUCAAACAUCUUCAGAAGGGUUCAUCCUCCUCGGACUAUCUAAUGUCCCGUACCUCCAGGUCAUCUGUUUCCUUGUGUUCCUUCUGAUGUACAUAAUCACAUUGUCAGGAAAUCUCCUACUAAUCAUAGUGGUGAGCAUCAACCGAAAGCUACAGAACCCCAUGUACUUCUUCUUGAGUAAUCUCUCCAUUGUCGAUAUUUUUUUUUCAACUUCCAUCGUUCCCAAAAUUCUUGUAAACACGCUGGCCAUAGACAAAAGUAUUUCCUUUUUGGGAUGUGCAUUGCAGAUGUAUUUCAGUAUGGUCUUUGGAACAACAGAGUGUUUUAUACUAGCCGUCAUGGCUUAUGACAGGUUUGCCGCCAUCUGUAGACCAUUGCACUACAACACCAUCAUGAACAAGACACUGUGCACCAGUUUAGCAACAGGAUCAUGGGGUGUUAGCGUCCUAAACUCGGCCCUCCAUGUUGCCCUUACCUUUCAAAUAUCCUACUGCAAGUCCCGCCACAUCAACCACUUCUUCUGUGAGAUGCAGCCUUUACUUCAAUUAUCCUGUCGAGACACUUUACUUAAUGAGAUAGUCAUGUACAUCAGCACAGGAAUCCUUGGCAUGCCUUCAUUUUUUUUUACUCUAAUCUCUUAUGUUCAAAUAAUUUCCACCAUCCUGAGGAUCCGCUCCUCACAAGGAAGACAUAAAGCUUUCUCCACAUGUACCUCCCACCUCACUGUGGUGGUUCUUUAUUAUGGGACCCUCCUUUUUAUGUAUCUAAGACCCCGCUCUACAUACUCUCCUGAAAUAGACAAAACUCUGUCCAUUCUCUAUACUGUAGUGACUCCAAUGCUUAACCCCUUGGUCUACAGUGUGAGGAACAAGGAUGUCAAAAACACAGUUAAAAGAAAACACACAUAAGAAAUAAAGAAAUAGGGGCGUGGCUUGGCGCGCGAUGAAGACG